GAAUUUCUCUUAUGUUUCAGACGAGAAAAAUGUUUCAUCGGCGGUGAUAUCUCUCUUUUAAAGAUGGGCUCCACGGAUCAAUUAAAACCCGACCCUAUCCUUCCCGAUCCCCUGGAUUUAGAACCCGACCACCUUAAUCCCGAUCCAUCCCCUGAUCUGGAAACCCACCUUUGGACAGCCGAGCUUAAUCCCGAUAUAGAUGUCGACCAUUUUCACGCCGAUAUCCGCCAUGAUAUAAACCCCGACCUUCCAGCCCCGAUACAUCCCAGAUUCCGUUAUGAGCAUAUAUAUAACUAUACAUCAGACCCGGGGGAAGGAUCCGGAUUUCCAGAUCCGUAUCUGGAAUCCGGAUAUUUGGAUCCGGAGGCAGACUUAACAUUAAUCCACCCGGAUGAAAUUGACAACAAGUUCUACGGGCACCAUCAUCCUUACAAUGAUGCUCCUGGAAAUAAGAUGUACAAUCUCAUGCACAGUGAUACAAUCAUUGUCAUCAUUUCACUCAUUCUCAUGAUACUCCUUGGACUAAUUUUCAGGUAUCAUUCAAGCUCACUGUGCAUACUUUAGUAAUCCUUCCAGCUCACUGUGUAGUGUGUAAAUUA